AGUACAUAUCUGGGAGAAGGGGAGUUGCCGCAGGUAACAGACCCCUUCACCUUUGCUCUCACUUUCAACUAUCCCUGGGCUUGACCACAGAUGUCCCUGCCUUCCUCAACACCCUCUUGUCCUAACGUUCAUUAUGCAUCUCCUCACACUUAAUCAGGAUUAGAUUCCAUCCGCCUUUGCAUUUCCCAUCUAAAAACUGGUCAGUACCAACCUACAUACUGUGACUGGCUUCCCCGCCAUCAACAAAACCACUGAAUUUCAUGCUACUUCCUGUUUAUUUCAGAGGGUGGUUAGUAUUUGUGAUCAGCUGCCAGAGAAAGUAGUUCAGCUGCUACAAUAACAAUAUUUAAAAGACAUUUCCAAAUUAAACUAACUCAUGCUGCCUGUGCAUCAUCCAUAUCCCUCAGUUCCCCAUACACUCAUGUGCCUUUGUCUAAUCUGCUUCCAACACUACACCAGCUUGUGCAUUACAGAUACUGCCCUUCUAUGCCCUCCAGUAUUUGACACUUCUACUCUGGCAAAAAGAUUCUAACUGUCCAUCUAUGCUUUUCAUAAUCUUAUAAACCUGUCAGGUCUCCCCUUAGCCUCCAUUGUUCCAGAGAAAACCUCUCCUUAUAGAACAUACUUCUAACCCAGGCAACAUCCUUGUGAAACACUACUGCACCUUCUCUCCAGAACCUCUACUCAAUGCAUGCCCUCCAGUCAGGGCCCCGCUGGGCAUGCCCUCCUUGUCCAUUUGUGUUGUGGGGUAAUGAAGAAUGCAUUUUCAGGGAGCUGUUUUACACAGGAGGAGGUGUUUGCUGUUCUGAGGCAAAGUAAGGUGGAUAAAUCUUCAGGACCUGCCAAGGUGUUCCCUCAGUCCUCACGGGAGGCGAGUGUGGAAGCUGCUGGGGCCCUAGCCGAGAUAUUAAAUCAUCCUUAAAGACACCUGAGGUACUAGAGUAUUGGAGGAUAGCGAAUGUUGUUCCACUGUUCAAGAAAGGCUCUAAAAAUAAACCAGGGAAUUAUUGGUUGAUGAGCCUGACAUCAGUAGUGGGAAAGUUAUUGGAAGGUAUUCUAAGGGACAGGAUAUAUAAAUAUCUGGAUAGACAUGGACUGAUUAAGGAUAGUCAGCAUAGCUUUGUGUGUGGUAGGUCAUGUCUAACUGAUCUUAGAGAGCUUUCUGAGUAAGUUACCAAGGAAGUGGAUGAAGGAAAAGCUGUUGAUAUUGUCUAUGUGGAUUUUAGCAAGGCAUUUGACGAAGUCCCACAUGGGAAAUUGGUCAAGAAGAUUCAGUUUCUUGGCAUUGAAUAUGAGGUAGUAAAUUGGUUUCGACAUUGGCUUUAUGGGAGAAGCCACAGACGGGUAGUAGAUGGUUGCCUCUCUGACUGGAGGCCUCGAGUUAGUGGAGUGCCGCAGGGAUUGGUUUGGAUCUGUUUUUGUUUGUCAUCUACAUCACAGUCUGGAUGAUAAUGUGUUUAACUGGAUCAUCAAGUUUGCAAAUGACACCAAGAUUGGGGGUGCAGUGGACAGUGAGGAAGGCUAUUAUGGCUUGCAGUAGGAUCUGGACCAGCUGGUAAAAUGAUAGAUGGAAUUUAAUGCAGACAAAUGAGAGGUGUUGCACCUCAGUAGGACCAUCCACGGUAGUCUUACACAGUGAACAGUGGGUCACUGAGGCGUGCGGUAGAACAAAGGGAUCUGGAAGUACAGGUCCACAAGUCAUUGAAAGUGGCACCACUGGUAGAUGGGGUCAUUAAGAAAACUUUUGGCACAAAGGCUUUCAUGUAUUAAAGUUCUGAGUACAGGAGAUGGGAUAUUAUUUUGAAGUUAUUUUUAAGACAUUGGUGAGGCCUAAUUUGGAGUAUUGUGUGCAGUUUUGAUCACCUACCUACAGGGAAGAUGUAAAUCUGGUUGAAAGAGUACAGAGAAAAUUUACAAGGUUGUUGCCAGGUCUGCAGGACCUGAGUUAUAAGGAAAGAUUGAAUAGGUUAGGACUUAAUUCCUUGGAAUGUAGAUGAUUGAAAGAGAUUUGAUAAAGGUGACAUAAUUAUGAGGGGAAAAGGGUAAAUGAAAGCAGGCUUUUUCCACUGAGGUUGACUGGGACUACAACCAGAUGUCAUUCAUUAAGGGUGAAAGGUGAGAAGUUUAAGGACAACAUGAGACAAAACUUCUUCACUCAGAGGGUUGUGAAAGUGUGAAUGAGCUGCCAGCACAAGUGGGGCAUCAAUCUUGAUUUCAACAUUUAAGUGAAGUUUGGAUAGGUACAUAGAUGGUAGGGGUAUGGAGGGCUAUGGUCCAAGGUUGAUGGGAGUAAACAAUUUAAAUAGUUUGACAUGGACUAGAUGGGCCAAAGAGCCUGUUUCUAUGCUGUACUUUUCUUUGACUCUACGACUAGACCCGAAGGUCCCUUUGUGCAUUAAUACUUCUAAAGGGCCUCCUAUCUACUGAAUGAGAUAUACCUCUUUACAUUUUACCUCCCAAUGUGCAACACCUCUCACCUGUUCAGAUUACUCUUCAUCUGCCAUUCUCGGCCACAUUUCACAUUCAGAUUUAUUGAUCAUGUGUAGUGAAAGAUCAAGUGACUUUGUUAAUGCAAACAUUGUUUGUUUGUUAAUGCAAACCAAUUCAAACAAAGGAUAAACUGGUUUAAGCCUGCAAGUGUCAUCACACGUUACUGUGCCAACAUACUGCAUGCCCAAAAUGUUCAGCAGAACAGCAACUGAUCGAUAUCCUGCUGUUUGCAUUCAAAACCUUUCUCAUUAUCAACAACUCUGGCAAUGUUUGGGAGAUCUGUAAACUUGCUAAUCAGCCUACCUACGCUACAUCUACACUAGAUAAAUCUCAGACAACACAGGACCCUGCACUAAUCCUUACCGAACACCAAUUGUCAGGGACCUCCGAUCAGUGUGUGGCACCUGUCCCUGAAUGAGGGUCAGUGUAUGUGUGGGACCGUCCCCCAGUGAGGGUCAGUGUGUGUGUGGGACCGUCCCCCGGUGAGGGUCAGUGUGUGUGUGGGACUGUCCCCCGGUGAGGGUCAGUGUGUUUAUGGGACCGUCCCCCAGUGAAGGUCAGUGUGUGUGUGUGUGUGUGUGUGUGUGUGUGUGGGACCGUACCCCAGUGAGUGUCAGUGUGUGUGUGGGACUGUCCCCCGGUAUGGGUCAGUGUGUUUAUGGGACCGUCCCCCAGUGAGGGUCAGUGAGUGUGUAGGACCGUUCCCUGGUGAGGGUCAGUGAGUGUGUAGGACCGUUCCCUGGUGAGGGUCAGUGAGUGUGUGGGACCGUCCCCUGGUGAGGAUCAGUGUGUGUGUGGGACUGUCCCCCGGUGAGAGUCAGUGUGUUUAUGGGACUGUCCCCCAGUGAGGGUCAGUGUGUGUGUGUGUGUGUGUGUGUGUGUGUAAGUCCUGCCCCAGUGGGUGAGUUGGUUGUAUGGAGAAAUUGUAUCCCACUGUUCCCGUGUUCACAAUAAACAUUGAAUCUGCUCUGCCCAACAGCCUAGUGCCCGGGCUCAGCUGGGACAACGUGCUGCCAACCUUCUGCGGAAAGGGAAAGGUGUUCCUGAUGAUUUAUUGACAGAGAUGGUGAAUGAGUGUCUGCGGCGACUGCCGGCAGGAUGUGGCUGGAUCCUUGAUGGAUUCCCAGCGACUGUCACCCAAGCCAAACUGCUGGAAAAGUUGCUGACCGGGGUUGACUCUGAUUACACUGUACCAAAGACUAAGAGGUCCAGAACCAAACUGGCUGUGGACCCAAAGGCUUCCAAAGAGCCCCCUCCUCCCUGGCCUGCCCUGGACAUCGCCAUUCUCCUAGAGGUUUCAGACAACACUGUGCUGACUCGCCACUCGCAGGGCAAUGUCAGUCAGUGUGCUGAGUCUGUAAUCCAGAAAGCAUCCGGUGAACAGGGACCCCAGGAGCUCCCGGAUGUUGGUGGGAAUAUGUCACGUACAGAGGAACAGCUGCUGCCUCGACUGACAAGUUUCCUGGAGCACUGGCCCAAGCUGGAGAAGUGGUUUACGGGACAGCAGAUCCUGGCAAAGGUGAAUGGGGAGCUGCAACAGGCCGAGCUACUGGAGAAGCUGGAGCUGGUUCUGGUGGAGUGCCUGCUCAAAAAGCACAGCAGAGAUGCUGUGACUGAGAAGCCUCCAGAGGUGACCACACCUGCCCUGGCUGAAACAUCUCCUUCCCAGGGCCUUCAGGAGACCUCUCCAAAGGAUGUGAAUUUAGUGGGAAGUGGUUCUGUGAGUGUUCCCAGCUCUGCCAAAGAGAAGAUUAAAGUGUCGCUUGGUGAUAAGAAGCAGAACAAAUCUGGCUCCAUUAGUCAGGCAGAUGCUACGGGCAAGCAGAGCUCAGCGAAGGGGAAGAGCGGCUCCGCCAAAGGCAAAAAAGGCAAGGAACAGAAGGGAAAACCAGAAAUAUACACAUCAGAGAUUGCCAGUGAGAAUGAUGACGCCCUCCCCCCACCUCCCAAACCAGGUUCUGACCAGUGGGUCUACGUGGAUGAGCCAGUGCCCCAGGAGAUUGCUGAGUACCUCUGUCGUUACUGGGACAGCAUUGUGGAGACACAAACCAGCACCAUCCACAGAGUGAUGCAGGAGCUGCGCAGGGAACAACUCCGGGCCGUCCAGGACCUGCACACGCUUCGGAAUGAUUUUUGGGAAUACAUGGAAAGUCGCCCAGACCACAAACAGGCGUUUGUAUCCCAGUGGCAGGACGACUACAAUUCCAUCCCUGACGACCUGCACGGUGACGAUGAUGUCAAAGCUGAACUGAUGCUGCGGCUCUAUACUCUGCGGGAGUGUCUAUGGGACAUCUCGGACAAGCGGAAGGAGGAGGCAGAGCAGGAACGGCAGAAUGCAAUGGGGAACGGCUGGCUGCAGGAUCACCUGGGGAUAGUGCUCAAUCUUUACAGCACUCUGAUGCAGGUGGAGGUGGAUCGUUUCCAGGAUACUUCCCGAUUCCUGCAGGAUUACUACAAAGGGAUGGAGGGGAAGAUCCCUCUGGACAGCAGCAAAGAGUUUGCACGGAUACCACUGAUUAAUGUGGCUGAUGUACAGUUACCCAUCUUGGGAGACCCGGAUAUAGUGAGGUAUGAUGUGGGUGGGCUGGAGGUCUCCCUGCACUAACAGAAGGCAGAUGGA